CACCUCCAGUGAAAUGAAACUCACACCCAAGCUUACUGCUUUCUCCUUGGAUAUCUUGAAUGGUAUCCCAACAGCUGUAUCUUCAUAUUUUUCAUCGAGGUGCAAAUCUGGGUAUAAUUCAUCUAAGAUCUUCAACACCUCAGUUUUCUGCAGUUCUUUCAACCAAAGUAGUGGAUUCCGUAUCUUACCGACUGAUACAGUUGUUGAUAAGGCUUCUCCUCUUAUUAUUAGAAGUUUGUUUGAUAAAUUCUCUAUGGCUACUGGACUCGCUAUUAAUAGCUCAAAAAGCCAAAUGUUUUUUGGAGGUGUGUCAGAUGGAUUGAAAGGGCAUAUUCUAAAUCAAAUAGGGUUCAGUGAAAGGCAAUUACCUGUGAAAUAUUUGGGUCUGCCCCUUAUUUCCACAAAGCUUUCUGCUAUUACAUGCCAGCUAGUGGUGGAUAAAAUUAGACAUCGUAUCUGUUCCUGGACUUCCAAAUUUCUUUCUUACGCUGGCAGAAUUCAAUUGGUGAACUCUGUAUUGUUUCAUAUCCAAGUUUUUUGGAGUGGAGCUCUCUUGCUACCAAAGAAAGUUAUUAAGAGUAUUGAUGCUGCUUUUAGGAAUUUUGUUUGGACAGGAAAGUGGGAUCAAUCAGCAAUGGCACUUGUGGCUUGGUCAGAUAUUUGUGUUCUUAAAACUGAGGGAGGCUUAGGAGUUAAACAGUUAGCUAGUUGGAAUCGAGCUGCUUUGUGCAAAUAUAUUUGGCUAAUUUGUAAAAAGCAACAAGACCUUUGGGUACAAUGGGCUCAAGUAGUUCUACUAAAGGGGGAAAGCAUAUGGAAAGUAAAGUUACCAAAUGAUUGUUCCUGGUCUUGGAAGCAGAUUUUGAAGAUGAGAACUAGUAUUAAAGACCAAGUUUGGGUUCAAAUUGGGGAUGGUAGGCAGACAUCUCUUUUUUAUGAUCUGUGGUUGGAAGGUGGAAGAAUAUGCGGUCGGGUACAAGUUAGAGAAGAGUUGAUGGCAUGGGGGCAUGGCAGUGUUGUGGCUAAAUGGUGGAAUGCUGGAGCCUGGCAUAUGCCGGACAGUUUUGUUCGUAAGUACCCUUCCCUUGCCCAGUUAAUAUCAUCUAAAAGUCUCCAAGAUAGGGAGGACAAGGUCAUGUGGAGGCCUACUGUAUCUGGUUGCUUUUCUAUUGCUAGUUGCUAUAAUUUGUUGAGAGUUAAGCAACCAAAAGUUAAUUGGCAUAGGCUAGUUUGGUCAAGUGGAAAUUUUCCUCGGCAUAGUUUUAUUCUAUGGUUGGUUGUACGUGGUAGAUUGAAGACUAAAGUCUUCUUGGCAUCCAGGGGGAACCUUUGUCUUGGACAAAUGAAUGGAGAUGGAUGCUAUGACAUGGAAGAGGAAGAGCUAUUAUUAAGAGGAAGCUCCGUGCUGCACUAGCUGCCUCAAUAUACUACAUAUGGCAGG